AUGAAUGACUCCAAGAGCCCAGAUUUCGUGAAAGAGGAAGGCGACCAACCGAGCGGGGAAAUUCUUGGGGAAUGUGAGACCUACACCUCCGAGGAAGAAAAGGCAGUGCUGCGAAAGAUUGACGUGGUUAUUUUGCCAUUUAUGUGCUUUGUUUUCUUUUUACAGUACCUCGAUAAACAGAGCCUGAGCUAUGCUGCCGUAUUUGGCCUUAUGGAAGACCUGAACAUGACUAGUUCACAGUACUCCUGGUCCAGCUCUAUAUUCUACGUGGGCCAACUCGUCUCGGAAUGGCCAUUUAUAUAUCUUAUGAGUCGACUUCCUUUGACUAAGUUUGUUGGUGUCACCGUUAUCAUCUGGGGCAUAAUUUGUAUGUGUCUCGCGGCGCCAAACAACUUCGCCGGGUUUGCUGCCGCGAGAUUUCUGCUCGGAUUCAGCGAGGGAGCAGUGUCGCCUGCGUUCGUGACCAUUACCAGUAUUUGGUAUCGCAAGAAAGAACAUGCCGCACGAACCGCAUUAUGGAUCACGAUGAACGGCGUAGCUCAAGUCACUGGCUGCCUGAUCAUGUACGGUAUAGGCAAGAACACAUCUAUCUCCAUUCAGCCUUGGCGAGUUCUAUUUCUCAUUUGCGGUGCAAUGACCUUGCUGGCGGGCAUUGGGUUCUUCAUACUGAUGCCGAAUGGACCCAAAGAUGCGUGGUUUUUGAAUGAGAGAGAGAAGAAGGUUCUGUCUAUGCGACUUGCCGCUGAUCGCGAUGGCGGCGACAAGACAGCCUUCUCUGUGUCACAGCUCAAGGAAACUUUAAUGGACCCCAAAGCAUGGAUGGUCUUCUGGUUUGGUGUACUUGUUACUAUGCAAUCACCAGUUCUCACUUUCGCGUCGCUAGUAAUUGAGUCUAUCGGAUACUCCAAAUUACAGACUCUGCUUUAUACCGCGCCGUCUGGGGCGGUCCAGAUUGCCCUACUAUGGAUUGGCACUGCACUUGUUCAUCUCUUUCCGCGUCAGAGAAAUUUGGUCAUUCUGGUAUUGAUUGUUCCACCCUUCAUUGGAAAUAUUUUCCUAUUGAAGCUUACCGUGACUACUGAAUGGGGUUUAAUCGUGGCCUCUUGGCUGGCCUCUUGUAUCACAGCAACCAUGUCCAUUCUUCUAUCUUUAUCGGCAUCCAAUGUAAAGGGUAACACCAAGCGCGCCAUCGUCAAUACGAUGUUCUUCAUUGGUUAUUGCGCUGGCUGUAUAGGAGGCCCUCAGCUAUGGACAAAGUCACCCCGUUACACCGAAGGUGUAAUUACCGCUAUUGUAACUUGGUGCUUAUUAUUUGUGGCCGUCAUCAUCUACCGCAUUCUAUGUGCACGGGACAAUGAUGCUCGUGAUACACAGGCUAGCUAUGGUGUUGACCUCCGUGAUGGCGAGGUUGAGCUUGAUGAGAACGGGCUGCCCAAUACUGAUCUGACGGACAAAGAGGAUAAGAAUUUCCGCUAUGCCCUCUAG